GCAAACAAGCCGGUCAGCUGACCCGCCCCGACUGCGCCGUCAUCCCGGCUAUAAGCGAGCGACUUUAGGCACUCCCCUUGGACCCUGCCGCCGCCACCAUGCAAUUCCCUGUGCUCAUGCUGCUCGCCCUCGGCCUAUUGGCCGACUCCACCACCGCGCUCAUUAGAAUUCCCCUGCACAAGUUCAAGUCCAUUCGCCACACCAUGACGGAGGCAGGGGGCUCCAUGGAAGACCUGAUUGCCAGUGGUCCCUUGACUAAGUACUCACCACAGUUGUCCACCAAGACCACAGGGCCGGUUCCUGAGCUACUGAGAAACUACCUAGAUGCUCAGUACUACGGGGAGAUCGGCAUUGGAACCCCGGCACAGUGCUUCACAGUCGUCUUCGACACUGGCUCCUCCAACCUGUGGGUCCCCUCUUCCCACUGCACUAUGUUCGAUGUAGCCUGCUGGUUCCACCACAAGUACCACAGCGACAAGUCUAGCACCUAUGUGAAGAAUGGCUCAUCCUUUGACAUCCACUAUGGUUCGGGCAGCCUUUCUGGGUACCUGAGCCAGGACACUGUGUCAGUUCCCUGUAAAUCAUCCCCAUCUAACACAGAGGGUCUUCAAGUGAAGAAACAGAUCUUUGGAGAGGCCACCAAGCAGCCAGGUGUCACCUUCAUUGCGGCCAAGUUUGAUGGCAUCCUGGGCAUGGCUUACCCCCGCAUCUCUGUCAACAAUGUGCUGCCAGUCUUUGACAACCUGAUGGAGCAGAAGCUGGUAGAAAAGAACAUCUUCUCCUUCUACCUGAACAGGGACCCGACUGCACAACCUGGCGGGGAGCUGAUGCUGGGCGGCAUUGACAGCAAGUACUACAAGGGUUCCUUUGCCUACCUGAACGUCACCCGCAAGGCCUACUGGCAGAUCCACAUGGACCAGUUAGAAGUGGGCAACGGGCUGAAUUUAUGCAAGGGGGGCUGUGAGGCCAUUGUGGACACAGGCACCUCCCUCCUCGUGGGCCCUGUGGAUGAAGUGAAGGAGCUACAGAAGGCUAUUGGGGCUGUGCCACUGAUCCAGGGCGAGUAUAUGAUCCCCUGUGAGAAGGUGUCCAGCCUGCCCUCGGUCACCCUGAAGCUUGGAGGCAGUGACUAUGCCCUGGGCCCAGAUGAUUAUGUUCUCAAGGUGUCACAAGGUGGGAAGACCGUCUGCCUGAGUGGCUUCAUGGGCAUGGACAUCCCCCCGCCCAGCGGGCCUCUCUGGAUCCUGGGUGACGUCUUCAUUGGAAGCUACUACACCGUCUUCGACCGAGACAACAACCGAGUGGGCUUCGCCAAGGCUGCCAAGCUCUAGAUCACUUCUGUCCAGUGGUGGAGAAAUGGCCCGGAGUCCAGUAGGAGGCUACACAGCCCCCAGCCCUCCAGCCCCUUCCCCACUCACACUUGCACACUUCCACACUCGCCACAUGGCUGUGGAGGCCCUGGGCCCGUCACUGUCACGUGGCUUUCCCUCCCUGGACUCAGAAACACUGCCGGUCUGUUUGAGGACUUUGGAGACCGGUCCAGUGUAUGGAUCUGUUCACUCACUAGGAAGACCCAGCAUGGGCUUGGUGAUGGCCCAGUUUGCAUCCCAGGGGACCCCGCCCCGCAACAGACUAUCCUUCCCUGGAAAUUGGCCCACCUGAGGUUCCUCUGCCCAUCCUAGGCCACACCAGGCUCUGCCACUUCACCUGUCCUCAUGCCCCAGCAGUACAGAGGCCUGAAGGGUCAGAAGGAGUGUAUGGACUAAAGCCUGCGUAGUAAGCUGCAGGGUCGUCCUGGGGGUUUGAAUGGGCACACAUUGGUGGGAGCAGGAUGGCUGGGGGGCUGGCACAGGACUUCCUCUCUGGCCGUUCCCCUUGCCCUGGGGGACUAAGAGCCGCAGUGAUGUGAAAAUAUAGUUGUUUGGGCUUCUGUUCA